CGGAGAAGCCUGUUCGGCCCCUGAGCUGGGGAGGCGCUGUUUGCUCCCCCUUCCUGCUGACCUGGCAGGAGGGACGGAAACUUUCGUGGAAAGCCCUUGUGCUGACGAAUGCGCCCAAGUCAGGACUUUGACUCCAGGCCUGCAGAGCCACGGGCUCCGGAUCCGGGGGCCUCUCCUCCGCGGGGUCAGGACCUCCGCCCGGCUCCUCCCCGGCUCUCUCUGCCCACCGUCCGUCAUGGGCUCUCCGGUGACCCCACGCGACUGCUCCACCGCCGGGGCGGUUGGGAGUACUGUGUCCUUAGUCACAAAGAGACACAGACAGGGGACUGUCAGCUGUGCUGGAGGAGCUGAGCAGCGAGUCAUCAGCAACUGGAAGCACCUAAGGGGCAGACAUUCCACCCACCCCGUCCUCCCGGCCCAAGCAUGCUGCUGAACAGGAUGUCCGCGGACGACCGGCACCUGAGCUCCAGCUGCGGCUCCUUCAUCAAGACCGAGCCGUCCAGCCCAUCCUCGGGUAUCGAUGCCCUCAGCCACCACAGCCCCAGCGGCUCCUCGGACGCCAGCGGUGGCUUCGGCCUGGCCCUGGGCCCCCAAGCCAAUGGCCUGGACUCCCCGCCCAUGUUUGUAGGCGCCGGGCUGGGAGGCACCCCGUGUCGCAAGAGCUACGAGGACUGUGGCGGCAUCAUCAUGGAGGAACCGGCCAUUAAGUGCGAGUUCAUGAUGAACGCCAUCCCCAAGCGCCUGUGCCUCGUGUGUGGGGACAUUGCCUCCGGCUACCACUACGGUGUGGCCUCCUGCGAGGCCUGCAAGGCGUUCUUCAAGAGGACCAUCCAAGGGAACAUCGAGUACAGCUGCCCGGCCACCAACGAGUGUGAGAUCACCAAGCGGAGGCGGAAGUCCUGCCAGGCCUGCCGCUUUAUGAAAUGCCUCAAAGUGGGGAUGCUGAAGGAAGGCGUGCGUCUUGACCGAGUGCGUGGAGGCCGCCAGAAAUACAAGCGACGGCUGGACGCGGAGAACAGCCCGUAUCUGAGCUUACAGAUUCCCCCACCUGCUAAAAAGCCAUUGACCAAGAUCGUCUCCUACCUGCUGGUGGCUGAGCCGAACAAGCCAUCUGCCAGGCCUCCCCCUGGCAUGCCUGAGAGCGACAUCAAGGCCCUGACCACUCUCUGUGACCUGGCAGACCAAGAGCUCGUGAGCAUCAUCGGCUGGGCCAAGCACAUCCCAGGCUUCUCGAACCUCUCCCUGGGGGACCAGAUGAGCCUGCUGCAGAGCGCCUGGAUGGAGAUCCUCAUCCUGGGCAUCGUGUACCGCUCGCAGCCCUAUGACGACAAGCUGGCGUACGCCGACGACUACAUCAUGGACGAGGAGCACUCCCGCCUGGCGGGGCUGCUGGAGCUCUACCGGGCCAUCCUGCAUCUCGUGCGCCGAUACAAGAAGCUCAAGGUGGAGAAGGAGGAGUUUGUCACCCUCAAGGCCCUGGCCCUGGCCAACUCAGAUUCCAUGUACAUCGAGGACCUGGAGGCGGUCCAGAAGCUGCAGGAUCUGCUGCACGAGGCUCUGCAGGACUACGAGCUGAGCCAGCGCCACGCGGAGCCACGGAGGACGGGCCAGCUGCUACUGACGCUGCCCCUGCUGCGGCAGACGGCCGCCAAAGCCGUGCAACACUUCUACAGCCUCAAACUGCAGGGCAAGGUGCAAAUGCGCAAACUCUUCCUGGAGAUGCUGGAGGCCAAGGUCUGAGGGCGCGGCACCCAGAUGGACUCCUGCCUGUGGACAAACGGCCGGCCGGAUGCAGAGACCUCCUCAGCCACCAGCCUCGACCUGCAAGCCUAUGUCAUGGCCACGGGCAGUCCCAGAAGGAGGGGUUACAUGCCUCCAGCUGCGUGCAGGGACCUGGGUGCUGGGGACGGGAGCGGGGAUGGGAGGGCAGGGCGUGGGGCUCAUCUGUAACUGGCUUUUUCUUUGGUAUGUUUUUCCUUCUCCACGGGCAGUGCUGAGACCGGAGACCACCAAGGAGGGCCCUCUCUCCACCAAACCACCCAGAGGCAGCUCAGACGUUUCCUGACCCAUCCCUUCCCCCUGUACCAACCCCUGUCCUGGUGGGCAGUGCUGGUACCUAGGACUCGGGCACACUCACAUGGGUUCCACCUGGAGCAGUUCCUUUCUCCGAGGGCAGGUGCUUGUCCUGGGGGCCCUCCGCACUCUGGAGUUCCAGAGGUCCCUCAAGGGGCCCCAAGCCUUCCACAGGCCAGUGGCCCCUCCCUCACACGCCCCCUCAGCUCCGCACACACCAGCUCCCAGCAGGGACUCACCAUCCAGAGAACAGCGGCUAGACUCACUCAUUUUCCUGGCGCUCCAGCCCUCGGUGUCCUGCCUCCCCGGACCUGCCUCUCCUCUUCCUCUUCUCCCCCAGGAGCCCCUGCUGCCUCCUGUCCUCCCUCAGAGCUCACCGAGCCCUGCUUCAGCCAGCCAGGGGGCCACAGCUGGGACAGUGCUGGCUCAGAGAGGAGCUCCUCCUUUCUCCUUGCCUUUACCACUCCGUCAAUCUUCAGGGCAGUCCACACAGGCGGUCUGUGGGAAGUGGGGGAUGUGCAGCAUCCUGGCCCCAUCCUUGGGCACCCCCUUUCUAGGAUGGCAGUCCUGGGAGCCUCGGCACACAGAGUCAAGGCUGGCAGUCCUGGGACCUUCGGCACCCUGAUUCUAGGCUGGCAGCCCUAGGGCUCUGGGCACCCCGAUUCCAGGCUGGCAGUCCUGGUAGAAUCCGGGCAGGAUAGAGAGGCCCAAACCAACAUUUGCUGAGCACAUAAAAGCCUCAAAGCAGAUAAACAAGAGGGGAAACCAGAAGAUGGGGAGCCCAGUGGAGGUCACCAGCCUCUGAUCACCCUGGUUCUGGGCAGCGGACCCCAGGUCACCCCUCCUGCAUUCCCAAGGGAAGGGCUGGGAGAAGAUGCCAUGGGGUGGGGGUGGCUCCAGCCGCCCUCUGACUAAGCAGGUGUGGUGCACUGGGAGGCCCAGCUCUCAUGUGGAACCACCCAGCCCCCACGCUGCUGUGAGGGGUGACCAAGCACCCCAGCUUGCCCUGGGUGUUCCUGGUUUGAGCACUGCAAAUCCUGUGUCCCAGGAAAUCCUCCUUGUGGGCAAACGGGAACAGUUGGUCCCCCGAGUGGUCACGAAAAUCUGUGGUAGCCCACUUGGGGGAGGAUGGCUCUGACCGCCUCGUCGGGUGUGACAGGUACCUGAGGGCAGCUUAGGGGUCCUAGGAUGGACGAUGCCCUUCCAGGCCUUGUGAUGCAGGCAUCAGAGCCACACUACCUGGGACACUUCUGGGGAAUCCACACCCAUUCUAGCCCAACCUCCGGGCACCUGGAGAGGCAGGCAGACCCCACCCACCUGUCGCCAGGACACCAGGCGGCCAGGCGCCCUCUUCCUCAGCCUCAUGUUUCUAAAGCAAACUGGCAAACCGCAGCUGCUGGCUCCCCUCUGUCUCCCCACACAGACCCGUUUCCCAGGCAGGAGGGCCGGCUGACGUCCUCCUGUAGGAAAGGUGAAGGGCUCCAAGGGACUCAGACCGAGACGUGUGCCCCACCCAUCCCCACUGUGGCUGUGGGGAAUCCAAGGCCAUGGCCACUUGACAGUCAGCAUUGGGUUACACUCCCUCCCUAGCUCUGUGUGGGUCCCCACUGUCCCUGGUCUGGAUGGACACACAGACACUUCCUCAGUAUCAAGGAACGGGGACCAGAGCCCAGGUCUAACUUAACCAUCAGCCAUCGUGCCCUGAGGUCUGAACUGGAGAACUCCCGGUGCGAGAACGUGCCCCUCACUGUGCCCAGCGCUGGAGGCGGUGGGGCAGAGGGUGCCAUCGCCUCACCUGGGCUCCCGCCUCUGUGUGGUAUCACUUCCUGCUUGAGUGUGAGGACCGUGCUGCCAGUCCCCCCUCUAAAAGCUUCUAAGGCACCACGACUGGCUUGGCAUGGGCAGUGUUCUGUACCCGGGCAGCUCCCUUACCCCUUUCCAGCAGGGAGGGGUGGUGGCCCUGGUGUCAAUGAGGCGUCGCUGCUGAUGCUCUUAACUCUUAGGGCAACGGAAGUCCAUUCAGUGGGCGGCCCUGCGUGCACGUGACAGAGCCACUAGCCUUCAGAAAACACGUUUGGGGCGGCUUCUAGGUGGGGACUGAGCCCUCCCUGGGAAGGGGUGGCCCUGCCUUAGGGGGGAUGGUGUGUUGAGGAGAGUUUAGGGACACCCAGUCCCCUCCCCCAGAAUUCAAGUUGACCCCAAACCUGCUGUUCCUGGGAACCCUUUAAAGCAGAACAAGCCCUUCUCAGUUGUAUUCUCAUGAUUCAGGUCAUCGACGUGAACAAGAAAUAAAGUGGAAAAAUCCAACCACGGAGAAGGCGGUAUCGGCUGGGUUUUGUUUGGUCCCCGUGUCCCCACCCUUUCUAAAGCCUCUGGCCGGUCUUGUUAUGCGUGACCCUGGAUGGUGACCCCAGGUUAUGCAUACAGGAAACCAGUUGUCUCAGAACCAGAGAGGGGUGUGGUCUGGGAGGCCAUGUCAAGGCCUCAAAGGAGCUGAAUCUGCACGCAGCCCUGCGCCAGGGUCACCCUCCCCUCCAUACUCUCCCCUCCCCCCUGUGCAGGUGGGAGAGGUGGGGAGGGGGGAGCAGUGAGAAACCUGGGACAAGCAGAGGGGCCCAUGCCCAGGGGACAGCACCAAAGAAAAGCACUACGUGGAAAGAUGAUUUUAUUUUCUAAUAAUGCUAACGUGGCUGGAAUGGCUUAAGAUGUGUGUAUAUUUUUAAAUGGCAUCCAUCAUCGCAUCAGCACCUGUGGUAUUUCCUCUGUAUGUGUUACCCCCAGGACGCCCCUGUACAUGCAACCCCCCUAGGAUUCUCCGGUCCUGGCCCCGUGUAUCUGGAAUCUAAUAAAUAAGGAACGGCCUAUUGGAAAUUUC